AUGAAGGGUGGAACUAGUAUUAACAGUGACUCCGGUUCUGGUUCUGAGAAAGUGGAUGUCAAGGGAAGAACAGGGACUGCUGUUGUCCAUGUUAAGAAGGAAGAGAAUUGUUCUGCCAUGCAUCAUCAUCAUCCUUCUACGCUUGAUAUAAUAACUGCUUCUGGUAAUGGUACUGCCAGUCGCAUCUUCGCUGGACUAACCAUCUACAUCAACGGGUCCACCAUGCCCCUUAUAUCAGAUCACAAAUUGAGACAUCUUCUCGUCUCCCACGGGGCGAGGAUAGCGAUCUCCCUGACUCGUCGGAGCGUUACACAUGUCAUCAUUGGGAGACCUAAUAAGCAUAAGCCUUCUGGUCCUGGGGCUGGUGGGGGACUCGCGGCUGGGAAGUCCCAGAGGGAGAUUGGAAAUGUUGGGAGAGGGAGAGUUGUGAAGAUUGUUGGUGUUGAGUGGGCUCUGGAGAGUAUUAAGGCUUCGAAACGUCUCUCUGAGGCGAGAUUCGCGGUGUUGAGGAUGGCCUCACAGUCUCAACGGAGUGUCUUGGGGAUGUUUGAAGCAUCUGCUGGGUGA